CGAGACAGGGGCAGAACCAUUCCACCGGCCCAGUGACAAUAGAAAUUCCCAGCGCUAGUAACGAAGUUACACGGGAAAUCUUGAUCCAUUGACUUUUGCUUCUUGCCACUAUCAUACGCGCAGAUAGAUUUGUUUCUGAACCUAUGGCCGGACGAAAGCGAUCUCGAACAGACGACGCUUCUGCCACCGAGAAACGCGAAACGCGGAGCUCGAAAGUGCAAAAGACAGAGGGGGGAAGAGCAUCGGGAAAAGGUGGAGCUAAGGGUGCAGCACGUCUCAAAACUGGGCUUACUGCUUCCGCUUUCAAGUCUCGUGCCGCACCCCUUCACCUGGCACUAAGUUUCAAUCCGUUCCCAGGGGAAGGUGAAACUGUGGCGGUGGGGGAGGGUGAAGAACAAGCAUCCAUCUUAACUACAACCACUUUAACAGCGAGUUCAUUCUCAACGGGCAGUUUCGGGUGGAAGGGAAGUAAGCGGAUCGCAACUCCAUUGAAAGCUCCAGGAGAAGGGGGAGAAGCUGAGGAGGAUACUGUCCAUAUUAUGUUGACGGUCAACGCCACUGUCAUUGGCAGCAAGGACGUCAAGGAAAGCGCAGAAGAGGGAGAAGGGGCGAAGGAAGAGGGGGAAGGAACUAAAGAAAGCGCAGAGGAAGGGGAGGGGAUUAAGGAAGGCGGUGGAGAGGACGAAGGAGCGCAAGAAGAGCAAACAAGUACCGAGGCAAAGGCAGAAGGUGCGAAAGCCGCUGCUGAACUGGGACUGCCUGCAGCAGAAGCCACAGGUAAUCCGGUUACUGUUGCUCAAGCUUGAUUGGCGAUGGCGUCAACUGCACGCCGAACAAGUAUUCGUAUUCCGGUCGGAUAUCUUGUGAAUAUCGGGUAUUUUAUAUGU